GUUUGAUUAUCGAUGCAUUCGGGGAACUCCGUGAUCAGUUGGAGCAGAUCAAAGAAGAUCUGGAGUCAAAAUGCUUCAUCUGUGGAAUUGGCAAAGACUACUUCGACAAGGUACCACAUGGAUUUGAACAGCACACAGAAAAAGAGCACAACUUUGCUAAUUACAUGCAUUUCUUGAUGCACAUCAUCAAUAAACCGGACACAGAAUACACGGGUCAGCAUAUUGGCAUGCUUAGCUCCAAAACCAACAAUUUUUAA